CCCAGCCCUGCAGCCAGUGUCCUGCCCCUCGCGCUGCCCAUCCCCCCCCCAGGCUUGGGAAACAGCUACAGCGAUCGCAAAGGCGACCUAAGGGGGGCUUAAUUCCUACACUUUGCUAAUAGAUAACUUGCUGCAGAAGUGACAUUUUCAUUUGUGUGGGAAAGAAAUGUCUUUAGUAUUUAAGAUUCCGUAUCUUUUCUUGGCCAAAAAUAUCAACAGCUUCUAUUCCCUCUAAUGGCUGGUACUAAGGUAUUUUGGACAGGUGCUUUUGCUUUUUGUUUGUUUGCUUGUUUUGGUGGUCUGUCUUGAGAUGUGUAUAUUUAGCGUUAAUACAGUAUUGUAGUAUUUUAGAUCAUUAAGGGACACGAUAUCUUCCUGUAAAAUAGUAAGCUUUGUAUAAGCCCUUUACAGACUGGCAUGAUCAGGUUUUGGCCAAGGGGUAACAGCACUAGCAACAUGUUUGUGAAGUGGUGCAUCCUAAGUGUCUGAUGGCAGUCGCACCUUUCCCAGUGACAUUUGUUAAAAGUGUAGUGGGGAAAUUUAAAAGUAUUAGUGUGCUUAGGCAGGAAUAUAAAAUGCACAGACAAGAAGGACGGAACCCUGGAAAGUGACUUAGUUGCGGGUUGAGGGUGAUAGGUGUUGGACAGCACUGGUCUUCACCUCUUAACAUAGGGUGCCUGCAGACUGCUGGCUCCUCCAUCCUCAGGUUUCAGAUGUGCUGCUCUUACUUGGUAUUGGCGUGAGUGGUAUACAAUGUAUUUUUCAGCCUCCUCGGAGUCAAAGCCAAGAAAAGGACACUAAAAAGAAAAAAAUGAAAGAAAAUGGGCUUGACAGUGGGGUGAAACAAGCAAAUUUCAUAAAGGAAAGAUUGAAACUAUUUGAAACAUUGAAGAAAGAUCAUCAACACUUGCUUUCGAUUUAUGAAAAAAAGGAGAAUACAAGCAAAGUGAUCACAGUGAGAAUGGCUGAUGGAAAAACACUGGAAGGAGAAGUUUGGAAAACAACACCUUACCAAGUGGCUGCUGAAAUUAGUCAGGAGCUGGCCGAAAACACAGUAGUAGCCAAAGUGAAUGGGGAAUUGUGGGACCUGGACCGCCCAAUGGAAGGGGAUUCCACUCUCGAGCUGCUCAUGUUUGACAGUGAGGAGGCUCAAGCUGUGUACUGGCACUCCAGUGCUCACAUUCUCGGCGAAGCCAUGGAACUCUACUACGGAGGCCACCUGUGCUAUGGCCCCCCCACUGAAAAUGGAUUUUACUAUGACAUGUUCAUCAGAGACAGAGCAGUGUCCAGCACCGAGUUGGCAGUCCUGGAAAACAUAUGUAAAACCAUCAUAAGAGAAAAGCAGCCUUUUGAAAGGUUGGAAGUCAGCAAGGAAACCCUCCUGGAUAUGUUUAAGUACAAUAAGUUUAAAUGCCGCAUUCUGAAGGAGAAGGUCAACACUCCGACUACCACAGUUUACAGGUGUGGUCCACUAAUUGACCUGUGUAAGGGCCCCCAUGUAAGACACACGGGAAAAAUUAAAAGCAUAAAAAUUUUCAAGAAUUCCUCAGCAUAUUGGGAGGGCAGUCCUGAAAUGGAAACAUUGCAGAGGAUCUAUGGGAUAUCCUUUCCUGAUAACAAAAUGAUGAAAACCUGGGAAAAGUUCCAAGAGGAUGCCAAGAACCGAGAUCACAGGAAAAUUGGGAAGGAACAAGAGCUCUUCUUUUUCCAUGAUCUGAGUCCAGGAAGUUGUUUUUUUCUUCCUAGAGGAGCCUUCAUUUAUAAUACACUUACAAAUUUCAUUCGAGAGGAAUAUCACAGUCGUAACUUCACAGAAGUGCUGUCUCCCAAUAUGUACAACAGUAAACUCUGGGAAACCUCAGGCCACUGGCAGCAUUACAGUGAGAACAUGUUUACCUUUGAUAUUGAAAAGGAAACUUUCGCCCUCAAACCCAUGAAUUGUCCAGGACACUGUCUAAUGUUUGCCCACCGUCCACGAUCUUGGCGGGAGAUGCCUAUUAGAUUUGCCGAUUUUGGAAUUCUUCAUAGAAAUGAACUGGCAGGGACUUUAAGUGGCUUAACCCGAGUCAGGCGCUUCCAGCAAGACGAUGCUCACAUCUUCUGUAUGGUGGAGCAGACUGAAGAAGAAGUAAAGGGGUGCUUGCAGUUUUUGCAGUCUGUUUACUCAACUUUUGGCUUCUCCUUUCAAUUGAACCUGUCAACAAGGCCUGAAAACUUUCUCGGAGAGACAGAGAUGUGGGAUGAAGCUGAGAAGCAACUGCAGAAUAGCUUGAUGGAAUUUGGGAAACCAUGGAAAAUAAACCCAGGAGAUGGAGCAUUUUAUGGCCCUAAAAUUGAUAUAAAAAUCAAGGAUGCCAUUGGCAGAUACCAUCAGUGUGCUACAAUUCAGCUGGAUUUCCAGUUGCCUAUUAGAUUUAAUCUCACAUAUGUUAGUAAGGAUGGGGAUGAUAAAAAGAGACCUGUGAUCAUUCACCGAGCCAUACUGGGAUCAGUAGAAAGGAUGAUCGCCAUUCUCUCAGAAAACUGUGGGGGUAAAUGGCCUUUCUGGCUGUCUCCACGUCAGGUAAUGGUCAUCCCUGUGGGGCCAACUUGUGAAAAAUAUGCACUUCAGGUAUCCAGUGAAUUUUUUGAAGAAGGAUUUAUGGCUGAUGUUGAUUUAGAUGACAGUUGUACACUAAAUAAGAAAAUACGAAAUGCACAGCUGGCUCAGUAUAAUUUUAUUUUAGUGGUUGGAGAAAAGGAAAAGAUAAACAAUGCUGUAAAUGUUCGAACAAGAGACAACAAAAUUCAUGGAGAGAUUUCAGUAAUUUCUGCUAUUGAUAAAUUGAAGAAUCUCAAGAAGUUACGUACGCUAAAUGCUGAGGAAGAGUUUUGAAGAACUUUCCUUGUACUUCUUGUUUUGACCUUUGAAAAAUGUACUUUUCUUAAACAGUUAACAUGGUAGUACUUCUUAGAACUUUGUAUCCAUUGAUGGGUUCACUUAUGGAGUCAGCUGAGAAAGGAAAAAAAUGAAUGCAUAGUUGAUACAUACAGUGUUUAAUUCAUUAGUGUAUUCUGACAGUGCUAAAAGGAGCAGCUUUGGACAUUUUCAAAUGAUAUCUUCAGUGACCUGAAUGAUGAAAUGUUACUCAUCAAAAGGAGGAAACAUUAGGAAAUGAAAAUUAUAAAAAGUUAUUGCUCGCGUUUGUGACUUUCCAAAAAUAGGCUUAGAGUUGGGGAUGUAGCUAGUGGUAGAACCUAUGCCUGGAACAAGUGAGGCCCUUGGUUCAAUCUCCAGCAUCUAAUGCGUAAAUAAACAGGGAUCAAAUAAAAGUCUUCAAAGCUGUUUUGAACAUGGGAAAAAAAUCUUAUUUUCCAAUAAUAUUAUGUCUCAGGUAUUUUUAUGGCUGUUUAUUACUAAAGUUCACACUGAAACUUUAUCUCUCAAAUUGGAAUGAUUAAUUUGUUUCAAUUAAGUAGCAACUGUAAGAAAUAACUAGCAUUAAAUAUUGGGUUACUGAAAAAGGACUGUGAACCUUAAAAGAAAUUCAUUAUGGAAUCUUUUAUUUGCACGUAGGUUAAAAGUUGCAGUUUUAAUGCUUCUAUUUCAUAAUUCUUAUAUAUCUUUAGAGAAAAUAUAUUCCCAAAUAAAAUGAAUAAUGGUGUUUUCAGUGUUUCAGUGAUGGCCUUAUACAUAGUAAGUUAAAUUAUGUUCUUGAUGAGUUAUAUAAACUCAGUUUCUGAUUUUAAUUGAAAAGAAUACUUGGUUAGAACAUAAUUGAAAUGGCUUUAGGUGAAUAAGGAAUUUAGUUAUCAAUCUAUUUGAAUAUUUAUUGAAUAUUUGGCAAGGUGCUGCAGAAUUUAAAAUAAAUGCAAAAAACUCUUUUCAACAUACUGGUGUUUCCUGGGGGAUGUGAAUAAAUGGUAAACAGAAGUAUAUCAUCAGACCUGUGCAGAGCAUGAAUUGAGAUCGUAAUACAAUUUUUAGAGCUAACGUUUAUCUGGGGCUUACUCUGUGCAAGCGCCAUUCCAUAUAUUCUCUUCAUUCAUCGAUCAUGCACAUGAGGAUUUGGGGACUCUGAAGACCCCAAGUGAAUAAUGACCUUGUGGCAGUUGGAUGAUGAGGCCAAGCAUGUUAACUACACCCUGCGAAGUGCCCUGGGAUGUGUUCAGGCAAGCGUUCUCCAGAGGGCUGUGCGUGGACCCUCCUUUCACGUGAAAAUCUCAGACUGAGCUCUUGUCCUAGUCUUUCUGGGCUGUCCUGCCUUUCCCAGUCUUAAUAUGAAUUUGCUCUAAGUAGUACGCAUAGUCAGAGUUGGCCAGGUUGACAUCUAAGACUGGCUGAGCGCCCAGGUCCAGGAGGGGUGGGUCCCUUGGGCUCCUGUCACACCAUAGGGCUUUUUCUGCCAAUGCUGGGUCAUUUUCCUCAUCUGUAAAUAAGUACAAAGUGAAAUGUGAACAUGUCUGUUGGGAGCCAGUCAUAGCCCACUGGCUUUUUGAAAGGUAACUUCUUUCUUUAUAAUCAAGGCAUUGACACAAUGUG